GGGGACUCCCGUGGCCCAGCCAGAUAAAAGGGCCCCAGGCGCCCCAGGAGGCCCGUUAGAGCUGCUUGGCCGUAGUGCCCGCCCAGCCCCGGACCUUCCGCACUCCACUUGGUGCCCUGGCCUCAGCUGCCCUUGAAGUCACCAUGAUGUGGUCUCCACCAGUCACCCUCCCCCUGCUCCUGCUGCUGAGCCAGGCCCCUCCCAGCAGGCUACAGUCACUGGGCACCGCGAAGCUACGGCUGGUGGGCCCAGGAAGCAGGCCAGAGGAGGGCCGCCUGGAGGUGCUGCACCAGGGCCAGUGGGGUACUGUGUGUGAUGACAACUUCGCUCUCCAGGAGGCCACAGUAGCCUGUCGCCAGCUGGGCUUCGAGGCAGCCCUGACCUGGGCCCACAGUGCCAAGUAUGGCCCAGGGGAGGGACCCAUCUGGCUAGACAAUGUGCGCUGUGUGGGCACAGAAAGCUCCCUGGACCAGUGCUGGUCUAAUGGCUGGGGCGUCAGUGACUGCAGCCACUCAGAGGACGUCGGGGUGGUAUGCCAUCCUCAGCGCCUGCGUGGCUAUUUUUCUGAGAGGGUCUCCAAUGCCGUUGGGCCCCAGGGCCGGCGGCUGGAGGAGGUGCGGCUCAAGCCCAUCCUAGCCAGUGCCAAGCGGCAGAGCCCGGUGACCGAGGGAGCCGUGGAGGUGAGGUACGAGGGUCACUGGCGACAGGUGUGUGACCAGAGCUGGACCAGGAACAACAGCAGGGUGGUGUGCGGGAUGCUGGGCUUCCCCAGCGAGGCGCCCGUCGACAGCCACUACUACAGGAAAGUCUGGAAUUUGAAGAUGAAGGAUCCAAAAUCCAGGCUGAGGAGCCUGACCCAGAAGAAUUCCUUCUGGAUCCACCGGGUCAACUGCCUGGGGACGGAGCCCCACAUAGCCAGCUGCCCGGUGCAGGUGGCGCCGGCACGGGGCAAGCUGCGGCCGGCCUGCCUGGGUGGCAUGCACGCUGUGGUCAGCUGUGUGGCAGGGCCCCGCUUCCGCCCUGCCAAGGCAAAGCCUGGGCGCAAGGAAUCCCGGGCAGAGGAGCCAAGGGUGCGCCUCCGCUCUGGCGCCCAGGUGGGCGAGGGCCGGGUGGAAGUGCUUAUGAACCGCCAGUGGGGUACCGUCUGUGACCACGGGUGGAACCUCGUCUCCGCCAGCGUCCUGUGUCGUCAGCUUGGCUUUGGCUCUGCUCGCGAGGCCCUCUUUGGGGCCCAGCUGGGCCAAGGGCUGGGGUCCAUCCACCUGAGUGAGGUGCGCUGCAGGGGAUACGAGCGGACAUUCAGUGAAUGCCCCUCCCUGGAAGGGUCCCAGAAUGGCUGUCGACAUGAGAAUGAUGCCGCCGUCAGGUGCAAUGUCCCAAACAUGGGCUUCCGGAAUCAGGUGCGCUUGGCUGGCGGGCGCACACCCGAGGAGGGUGUGGUAGAGGUGCUGGUGGAGGUGAACAGGGCCCAGCGCUGGGGCGCCGUGUGCAGUGACCACUGGGGGCUCACCGAAGCCAUGGUGGCCUGUCGACAGCUUGGCCUCGGCUUUGCCAACCACGCCAUCAAGGACACGUGGUACUGGCAGGGGACGCCCGGGGCUGGAGAGGUGGUGAUGAGCGGGGUGCGCUGCUCAGGCACAGAGCUGGCCCUGCAGCAGUGCCAGAGGCACGGGCCGGUGCACUGCUCCCACGGCACGGGGCGCUUCUCAGCUGGAGUCUCUUGCACAGACAGUGCUCCAGACCUCGUGAUGAAUGCCCAGCUGGUACAGGAGACGGCCUACUUGGAGGACCGCCCGCUCAGCCAGCUCUACUGCGCCCACGAGGAGAACUGCCUCUCCCAGUCUGCUGACCACAUGGACUGGCCCUACGGACACCGGCGGCUAUUGCGCUUCUCCUCACAGAUCUACAACCUGGGUCGGGCUGACUUCCGUCCCAAGGCAGGACGCCACAGCUGGAUUUGGCACCAGUGCCACAGGCACUACCACAGCAUUGAGGUGUUCACCCACUACGACCUGCUCACUCUCAAUGGCUCCAAGGUGGCUGAGGGGCACAAGGCCAGCUUCUGCCUAGAGGACACGAAUUGCCCCACAGGACUGCAGCGGCGCUAUGCGUGUGCCAACUUCGGGGAACAGGGAGUGACCGUCGGCUGCUGGGACACCUACCGGCAUGAUAUUGAUUGCCAGUGGGUGGAUAUCACAGACGUGGGCCCCGGUGAUUACAUCUUUCAGGUGGUUGUGAACCCCAAAUACGAAGUGGCAGAGUCGGAUUUCUCCAACAACAGGAUGCAGUGCCGCUGCAAAUACGAUGGGCACCGGGUCUGGCUGCACGACUGCCACACAGGGGAUUCAUACCGAGCCAAUGCAGAGCUCUCCCUCGAGCAGGAGCUGCGUCUCAGGAACAACCUCAUCUGAAGCCAUCGCUGCACACUCCCUGCUGCUGCCUACACACCAGAUACCUCAGCUUACUGGAGCCAUGCCCUUCACAGAACCCUAACUCAGAGAGAAAGGGGCCAGUGCCAAGGGGCACCAGGAACUGCUCAGGAAGCCUUUGACGGCAAGAUCAGCAAACCAAGAUGGUACUGCUCCACUGGGAUGUCCCCAGGGCCUCUGGUCUAAGGACUAUGACCUGCAGGCUUUGUUCAGCUGAGCUCCUCUUCCAUAAGGAGACCCAAUCUUUCCUGGAUUUUGCCCGAGUUCCUGGUUCAGGAGCAAUUAGUUCCUUAGGGAUGGACAAUGGCCCAGUCCCCCAUCUAACUGGUGCUUUGCAAAUGUCUUGGAGUAGAGGACAGAGGGCCAAAAUACACAGGAGGUGGGAAUAGCUCUCUGCAAGGAGCUCAAAGCAAUAUAACUGUGUCAAAGUCACAACUGGCAAAGAAGUUUGUGAAUCCAUUCACUUGCUUGAUCUAUCCUCAUUUAGAACUCACCUGUCAUACUAAGAGUUUGUGCUUUAGUGCCCUUACCUUUAUCCUAUUGCCUGGAUGGGUGUUUCUAAUAUCCCUGGAAGCUUAGGCCUCAAGCAUUCCCUUAUCUCCUGAUGGACCACCACCACCAAUUACUGAAGGCUUGAGAAGGGGCAAGGUUUGCAGAAGUGAACAGAUAGGGCCUUCCUGCAGAGCAGAAAAGAAGGUCAAGCAGAAAGACUGCUGGGGUAACAUGGACCCCAGCGCCAGCCAGGGCCUCUGCCAAGGACAAACGAUGUGCCAUAUACCUGGCAGGCAAUCCAAUCUCCCUCAAGAUUGCUGUGCAUCUCAGGACUGGCCUAAAUGUCAGGUCUCAGCCAAGUUUCUGAAGUGAACUUUGCAUUGAAUAAAUUUCUGCAAUGGAAAGAACAUCGGUGAAACAAGCCACUCAUCUCUGUAGGAAUGAGAAGACAGGUCUGGUAGAAUGGGAACAGGAAACUAUGGGGGAACAUUUAAUUUAGUUAAGGACUAAAUGUAGGAAAAGCCACCGUCCCUGCUUGGUGUGGCUGUGAUAUGCUCCUGCUCAAAGUAGUAUAAAAUCCUAUGGUCUUCUUGGACAGGAUUCUUAAUCUUUACUCCACUUAGACACACUUAAGAGAUGAUCCUUACAGGUCUGACACCCUAAUGCCAAUAAAGGUUGCUCACUAUGGACUGCUACAAA